CCCUCUUUCAAUUAUUAUUUUUGUUAAAUAUUCUCCUCUCUUAAAAGCAUCCUCUCUCGCUGAGCAAUAUAUAAACACCAAACCUUUCUCAUUUCCCCCAUCUCUCUCUCCCUCCCUCCAAAUUUUCGCUGCUGUCUUCUAUUUCUCGACCCACAGAAUCCUUAUUUAAAAUCAUAAUGACGUCAUGUUUCCGGCGGUUAACAACGGGGCCCACGCCACCAAGCGGACCGGCACAAUCAAGGAACCGAAGUACGGCAGAUAUUCUCUCUCUACCUCUAAAACGAAUUUCCAUAGACCAACAGCCAGGAAUUGUCCUGAGAUCAUCAAGGCAGUACUCCAGAUCAUUCAUGAUCGAGGCAGUUGGACCAGGGGACCGAUCGGGGGGUGGAAAUGAAGCUGAAAAGGCGGGGCCAUGCUCGUGCUUGGUGGGAGAUCAGACUGUGGGAGGCGUGGUAGAGAGUAUAGAUCGGACGGUUGAGAUUAAUGGAAAGAGGACAAUAAGCGGGAGUGAUAGCAGGAGUAAGGAGGACCGAACGGUAGAGGUGGCGGUUGCAGCGGCGGUUACGGUAGUGUUGGGGGUAGGGAAUCGGGUGCUGUAUAAGCUGGCUCUACUUCCUCUCAAGCAUUACCCCUUCUUUCUAGCUCAGCUCGCUACUUUCGGAUAUGUUAUUGUAUACUUCACCAUCUUGCAUAUUCGGCACCGUGCCGGCAUCGUUACAGAUGAGAUGCUUUCUAUGCCAAAAGCUCCGUAUAUUCUUGUUGGACUCUUAGAAGCUCUUGGAGCUGCAACUGGAAUGGCAGCUGGAGGUAUUAUGUCUCAUUAUUAUCUGAUGAUUUUUCACCUCAUUGUGAUACUAUGUUAUAUAAAGACAAUGUUGUUCCAUCAAUUGCAGGGGGGUUCUGUAGAUCUGUUUGUAAUAAACUCCUAUGGAUCUGCUUUCCAAGCACUGUUUGUAUGCCUUCUUCUACCAUUUAUGUCGAAAUUAUGGGGUAUACCAUUUAGUCAGCUUCCAAACUAUCUUAAAGACGGGGCAGUUUGCUUUCUAAACAUUGGCAGUUUAUCUAGUGGAUGUGAUGGUGCACCUCUGCUUCCUUUGUUGUUUGUGAUUGUCAACAUGGGGUUUAACAUCUCAUUACUGCAUCUCCUCAAGAUCUCUUCUGCUGUUGUGUCUUGCCUUGCUUCCACCUUUUCUGUACCAAUAGCUGUGUAUGUGUUCACAUUGCCAUUGCCAUAUCUUGGAGUCGCAUCCUCCCUUCCAACUGGCUUUGUCGCUGGAGCCAUCGUCCUUGUUUUGGGGUUGCUCAUCUAUGCCUGGACGCCAUCCAGGUAGAGCUUCUUUUGGUCACCCAAUUACACAAUACAUCGUUGUUUUUGUCUUCAUUUACGUUUUCAACCUCAGAAAAUGGUGUCGACUGGAUUUCUGGUCACAGAUAAUAAUCGGAAAAAAAAGAAGAAGAAGAAUGCUGACAUUGUCGUUGUAAUUCCUUUUGUUGUUGCAAUCGCAAGUGCAAUUUUUUGGUCAAUGUAAAACUGCUAAUGCACAUCCAUGAUAAGUUUCUGAGCAAAGAUAACAUUUGGUAGAGGAACAGUGGCGAAGGCCUUUCAGGGAAAUUGCCCACCUUAUUAUUUUAGGGGAAAAAAAG